AUGCGUCUGCUACAGAUUGUGCAGAAUGACACACCAAUCAGUAUACCAUUUCGACAUUGGGAAUUGUACAAGUACCCAACCUUGCCGCAAAGUAUAAAACAUACAUGGACUGUUAAGUCAACAACUCAACAUGAGAAGCCGCGCUACAUUGUGGUUGGGCUACAGACUGCAAGACCAGGUGUAGCAGCAGCUAACAGUUCAAAAUUUGACAAGUGUAGUAUGAAGGAUAUUCGAGUGUUUUUAAACAACAAAUACUACCCAUAUGAGAGCAUUGAUGGUGAUGAUAAUCGCAUCUACAACAUGUAUGCAGCUUUCAAUGGAGUCUACAAUCAUGAUAAUGCUCGCUCAUCUAAACCUCUGCUUGAAACAGGAGCUAUAAGCACUGAUAAUAUAAUGUUGUUUGCUUUCAAUUGCUCCCACCAAAAUGAAUCACUCAAAACUGGAAGUAUCGAUGUGAGGAUUGAGUUUGAAGCUACUGACAACAUACCCGCCAAUACACGAGCCUACUGCCUAAUGAUUCAUGAGAUGACUAAACAGUAUCGGCCAUUGACUGGUCUAGUACAGUCAGCAUAG